AUGCCGCAAGAUCCUGUCAUAACCUCUGUCACCGACUUGGCUUCAUCAGACGCAAAAUGGGUGUCGCUCAAGAAAGUCGAAUACAUUGAUCAACUAGGCACAGCUCGUUCAUGGGAAAUAGCCGUUCGAAAGACAACAGCCAAGUCCGGCGUCGAUGCCGUUGCCAUUGGAAACAUCCUACUUCAUCCUUCCAAACCACCGAGCACUCUUCUGGUCAUCCAGUACCGGCCACCGAUCGGCAAAUUCACUGUCGAAUGGCCAGCGGGUCUAGUCGAUGAACAUGAGUCUGCGGAGCAAGCAGCUAUUAGAGAAAUGAAAGAAGAGACUGGCUAUUCUUGCAAGAUCCUUGAUGUCGGCCCCGUGUUGGCAAGUGAUCCGGGGCUUGCCAAUGCUACACUGCAACUGGUGAUGAUGGAGGUGCAGCUGGACGAGAAAGAGAGCAUGCCCGAGCAAAAGUUGGACGAGGGGGAAUUGAUCGAGCGUGUGGUUGUGCCUUUGAGUGAAUUAUAUGAUCGACUGAUGAACUGGAGUAAGGACGAUAAGUUCAUGGUUGCUGGCAAAUUGUUCUUCUUUGCGGCAGGACUACAUUUUGCAAAGCAAGGAAACUAUAUUUGA